AGAGAGAGAGAGAGAGAGAGAGAGGUAGGAGGAGGUAAACACACUGAUACACAGGGUAGAGACAGGAAUAGAGAGAUAGAUAGAUAGAGAGAGAGAGAGACUCGCCCACUGUGCUGCAGUGGAAGCUCGAGUGGUCUCGGCUGCUGCAGCCCACCAUCACCACCACUGCUGCUCUCACCGCUCUCACUGCUCCUGCUGCUGCUGCUGCUGUAUAGAAAAGCAAUAAUUAAAAGAUCAGCUGAGAGGGGGAGAGAGAGAUAGAGAGAGAGAGAGAGAUAGAGAGAGAGAGAGCACGUCCUCCAGCAGAGAGGAAGUGAGAGUGGAUGGGGAAGUGGCUAUAAGCUCAUGCUGAGACCUCUGAGGUAGGUUAAGAGGUGUGUGUGCCUCCUCCACCUCUGCUUGUGAAUGCCUCUCACCAUGGCUAAGCGUGAGACCGGCAGCACCAGUCCCGUGGUGCGGCAGAUAGAUAAGCAGUUCCUGGUCUGCAGCAUCUGCCUGGAGCACUACCACAACCCUAAAGUCCUGCCCUGCCUGCACACCUUCUGUGAACGAUGCCUCCAGAACUACAUCCCCCCGCAGUCUCUGACCCUGUCCUGCCCGGUGUGCCGGCAGACCUCCAUCCUGCCGGAGAAGGGCGUGGCGGCGCUGCAGAACAACUUCUUCAUCACUAAUCUGAUGGAGGUCCUGCAGAGGGAGUCGGAGUGCUCCCAGCCCGAGUCCUGUAACGUCCUGGAGACGGCCAGCGCCGCCACCUCCGCCCAGCCCCUCUCCUGUCCCAACCACGAGGGCAAGGUGAUGGAGUUUUACUGUGAGUCGUGUGAAACGGCGAUGUGUUUGGAGUGUACGGAGGGGGAACACCGGGAGCACGUGACCGUUCCUCUCCGGGACGUCCUGGAGCAGCACAAAGCAGCGCUCAAAAACCAGCUGGACGCCAUUCGGAACAGGCUUCCUCAGCUGACCUCAGCGAUCGACACAGUGAAUGAUAUCUCUAAGCAGUUGGCAGAGAGGAAGAGUGAAGCGAUCACUGAGAUCAGCAGCACCUUCGAGGAGCUGGAGCGAUCGCUGCACCAGCGCAAGAACGCUCUCAUCACUGACCUGGAGAACAUCUGCAGCACUAAGCAGAAGGUUCUGCAGUCUCAGCUGUCUGCACUGCUUCAGGGGAAGGAGAACAUCCAGAGCAGCUGCAGCUUCACCGAGCAGGCCCUGAACCACGGCAGCGCCACCGAGGUCCUGCUGGUGCAGAAGCAGAUGGGCGAGAGGAUGGGGGCGCUAGAGCGCCACGCCUUCCCCGAGCAACCGCACGAGAACGGCCACCUGCAGUGCCAGGUGGAGACGGAGGGGCUGAGACGAUCCAUUCAGAACCUGGGGGUCCUGCUGACCACCAGCGCCGUGGGGCACACCAGCGUGGCCACGGGGGAGGGGCUGCGGCACGCUGUGGUGGGACAGCUCACUACCGUCACCGUUACAACGAAGGAUAAAGGUGGAGAGCUGGUAAAGACGGGGAACGCAGCGCUGAAAGCUCAGAUCUCCGGUGUGGACGGGUCAGUUCUGGGCGCGGAGGUGUCGGAUAAUAAGAACGGGACGUAUGAUGUGGGGUACACGCUGAGGAGCGAGGGGGAGUUCUCCUUCUCUCUGCUGCUGUACGGACAGCCCGUACGGGGCAGCCCCUUCCGCCUGCGGGCCGUUAAACCCUGCGACGCCCCGCAGUCUCCGGACGACGUAAAGCGGCGCGUGAAGUCCCCCGGCGGAGGAGGAGGCGGAGGACACGUCCGGCAGAAAGCCGUGCGCCGGCCCUCCAGCAUGUACAGCACCACCAAGAAGAAGGAGAACCCCAUCGAGGACGAGCUGAUCUACAGAGUGGGGACGAGAGGACGAGAACGAGGAGAGUUCUCUAACCUGCAGGGCAUCUCCACCUCCAGUAACGGCCGCAUCGUGGUGGCCGACAGUAAUAAUCAGUGUAUACAGGUUUUCUCUAAUGACGGUCAGUUUAAGCUGAGGUUUGGGGUCAGAGGUCGUUCUCCAGGGCAGCUGCAGCGUCCCACCGGCGUGACGGUGGACAUGAACGGGGACAUCAUCGUUGCGGAUUACGAUAACCGGUGGAUCACGAUCUUCUCCUCUGACGGGAAAUUUAAGAGUAAAAUUGGAGCGGGGCGACUGAUGGGGCCUAAAGGAGUCGCGGUGGAUAAAAACGGGCACAUUAUCGCUGCAGAUAAUAAAGCCUGCUGCGUCUUUAUCUUCCAGUCCAACGGGAAACUCGUAACUAAAUUCGGAGCGAAGGGAACGUCAGACAGACAGUUCUCAGACAAAAGUGCCCCAAACACUCCAGUGGAGCAAAAGCUCAGUAAAUCCGGCCCUGCCUUCAGUCCUCAUUUUGUGGCCGUGAACAACAAGAAUGAAAUAGUCGUGACUGAUUUCCAUAAUCAUUCUGUAAAGGUGUAUAAUGCGGACGGGGAGUUCCUGUUUAAGUUCGGUUCUCACGGGGAGGGAAACGGGCAGUUUAACGCUCCGACGGGCGUGGCCGUGGACGGCAAUGGAAACAUCAUUGUUGCAGACUGGGGUAACAGUAGGAUACAGGUGUUCGACAGCUCAGGAUCCUUCCUGUCGUACAUCAACACGACGGCGGACCCUCUGUACGGCCCUCAGGGUCUGGCUCUCACGUCCGACGGUCACGUGGCCGUGGCCGACUCUGGAAACCACUGUUUUAAAGUCUACCGUUACCUGCAGUAGAGACUGAGCACUACUGCACCUGAAGGACAGCCCAGCAAACGUAUUGUACAGGUGCAAUCACCUUUCUGCAUUUAGACUUUUAUUUUGCACAUGUUAAAAAAGGUCUCGGCCACUGAAGUAAACUUUGGGAAGGAGUGCAGCCGACACCAUUUUUUAAUUGUAUUGAUUUGAGCUAAAUUAAAGCUAAUAUAUCCCACUUUAUAGCAGGUGUAUGUAAUAACUGUGUAAUUACCUAUUACUUAUAGUAAUAAUACAUAUGAUAACUGUGUAACUACUGCUGAUGUAUUAUAGGUGGAUUACAGCAUUGGAAUACAGCUUGUGUAUAAGCGCAAGUGUCUCGAUAGCGUUCAAAAAAAGAAAAAAGAAAAACAGCAGCAGCUACAUGGUUGCUGUGGUAUUCUAGGUGGUUUCUGUGAUUUUGCUGUUGCUAUGUUGCUUUGGAAAGCAACCAACAACCAACUAGCAACAUUAUAGUAUUGCGAGGGGUUUUAGGCAGUUGCUUCGAUGGUGUUUAGUGGAUGCCAAAUGGUUGCUAUGGAUCCCAGAUGGUUACUAUGGUGUCGUAGAUGGUUGUCAAGCUGUUGCUGAGGAACCACUUGUCGUUGCUCAGGUGUUACAAGUGUAUUAGGUUGCUGUUAAAUGCUGUAAUCCAUCUGUAACACUGUUAUUACAUGCUUAUUAAUAAUAUUAUGUAACUACACAGUUAUAACAACACAGACUAAUGUGUGUAAUGUGGGUUAUUUAUGCCAUAUUCUCAGUGCACUCAUUUGGAUUGAUUGUGAGUUUUUGGACAAAAUAUAAAUCGGACUACAAACAGCGAAACACAACAACAAAACUACAUAAAAAACUACACAAAACUACACAACGAGUGAGUGAGUUAUAAUAGUCUCAGUACUCUCAGCAGUGCUGAUGAGGGGCAGCUACUCUUUAAGCCUUUAAAAAAAUUACUUUAUCAGCAUUUAAAUUACUUUAUGGACAUUUUGGUUGAGCUAAAAUAUCAAAACUUGAUAUAUUUGAUCUGAAUUUUGAAAAUAAAUCAACAUUUCCAACGGCAUGGAAGCGAAGUUCCUUAGAAACCGAACUCUUGAAUUAUCAGUGACGUAUCUUCUAUAAAUGUACUGUGAAAAAAGCAAAGCAUUUCGUAUCAAACCCGCUAUCUGUGCUCUGAUUGGCUGUAUAUGUUGACGCCUUUGUAUCAUAUCAUGUACAUUUGAUAGCUUUUUGCUGUAUUAUGGGUUGGGAGAGCCGCUCUCCUGUAGAAAGCCGGUGUUUCAGAUGUUUUAAUGCACAUGUAGAGAAAAAAGGAGCAGCUUUUAGAUUUUAGUGAGUGUUUGCCUUGAAAAACCUCUGCAGAUUUCUGACAAGGGUGUUAGCCAUAUCUCUCUCUCUCUCUCUCUGUAUGUACACACACACACACACACUCGUACACACACUCUCUCUUACACCACAACAGCACAACGUUUCGAUGGCUGUGUGCUUAUUUUUUGAAGGAGAAAGUUAAUUUAUUUUAUUUUCUACUUAUUAUCAUUCACGUGUUUUAUUUUUUAUUGUCUUGUUUAUCUGCAAUACAAAUGCCUUGACUUAUUAUUUAAAAACAAAAGAAAGUAUUGGGACGCCUACAUAUUACACCUGCAGGAGCUUUUAUGACAUCCAUUAUUAUAUAAUAAAUAUAUUAACAUUAAUAUGGAGUUAUUCACCCUCAUUAAAGAUGAGAUCUUACAGCAGGUUUGAAAAAAAAAACAGGACCUUUUUUAUCAUGCUAUUUUACUAAAUCCAUAGUCAUCAGUGUGGAGUCGGUCCCCUUUUUUUUUUUAGCUUAAAAUACAGAUUUGGACAAAAGUAUUUGGACACCACACUUUACACCUACAGGAACCUUCAGUGUCAUUCUAUUCAAAAUCCAUAAACAUCAGUGUGUAGUCGGUCCCCUUUAGUAGAUCUAAUAUCAGCAGACGUGGACAAAAGUAUUGGGACACCCACAUAUUACACCUACAGAUAAUUCUCAUUCUAAAUCCAUAACCAUUAGUGCGUAGUCGGUCCCCUUUUAGUAAGUAGCUCUUACAGCAGGUUUGGAUAAAAGUAUUUGGACACCUUUACAUGUCAUCCUGUUCUAAAUCCUAUAGUCUUCAGUUUGGAGUCUAAUAUCAGCAGCUGUGGGGAAAAAAAGUAUAGUUUUACUACAAUCCCACAAGUCCAUUUCACACCAGAUUUCUACUUUAAGAAGCUUAAAAUGAAAAAGAAUAGAGAGAAAGGUAAAAGUGUAAAUAUUUCAUAACUACUGCUGGAGCUUGUUUUCCUUAAGUCAGUAAUACAGAUGUGUAAAAGUGGGCAAUGAAAAACACAAUAUUUUACCAUAUAUAUAUAUAUAUAUUACACAGUACUGUGCAAAAGUUUUAGGCACCAAAGCACAUUACACCAUUUAUCUCAGCAAUAUGAGUGUUUUUUUUUU